AGGAGGAAAGAGCAGCCGAGGGGGAGGGGACAGCUCCUAUCACAUAUGUCAAACAUUCAACACACAGCAGAGGGAGCAGAAACUUUUUUUUUCUACAGCAAGUAGACCAGCCAAAAACUCCGUCAGGAACAAAUAUAAUCCACUUAAAACAACAGGGAACUAGUUUAUCUAAAUUUUCAUUCUGUUCUUUCCCAUUUUAUAUUAACCGUCAGCCAGCAUUUUGACGACUUGGAAACAAGAGUGUUAUUCUGGAACCAUGGAUGUGUUUUUCCUACUUCUUCUGUCGUCAGUUAUGACAGUUGUCACUUAUGCUGCUGAUAUUAGCCAAUGGAGUGGGGACUCUGGUAAGAAAGUGGACGAUCCCUUUUAUUAUGACUAUGAAAGCCUGCGGAUUGGGGGACUGGUGUUUGCUGUCGUUCUGUUCCUGUUAGGAAUCCUGCUGAUCCUGAGCAGAAGAUGUCGCUGCAAGUUUAACCAACAGCAGAGGAUAGGUGAACCAGAUGAUGAAGGAACCAUAAGAGGGUCCAUAAGACGCAUGUCUAUGAGGAGGCAAUAACUAACAGUCAUUGAUCUGGUCCUGCAUCAAAGAAAACAUUCUCUUGUCAGACUGCUUCAAGAAACAAGAAAAAGAAAACAAAAACUAAUUUUUUCUACUGUGCUCCAUGGACAAGCUGUUCUGGUCUUUAGCUAUGCCUUACUUUAUAGAAUACAAUGUGCACAAACCACUGAGUGAACACUAGAUGUCACCCUGUUCAUCAAGCAAAAACUAUCGAGCUGAAACAUAACUGGCCAGUCCUUAAUGCAAGGGAAAAAACAUGCAUAAAUACAGCGACAUUUGCUCUCUUAAAAUGUAAAUUUGGUUAGUUUCAUAUAUGACAUAGUAGUGUAGCUUUUUUCUACAGUAACUAGACUAAAUCUAGAAUAAAUGUAGUACAACACAGUAUGGCAUCUUCCAUUGUCAUGAAAUAAAAUUGAAGAGCUGUGUCUGUCUUCAGCUUCCUGGAACUCUGUUAAAGCUUCUUGCCUGGUAAUCAUAUAGCAGGCACUUCAGAUGCUCGUUUGUUUCUCUUAAGAAAAAGCUGUUAGAAACAGCAUUGCUCAUAGGAUGUUCCACAUCUAUAAAUAACACACACUUGACAAAAUCUUCUUAAAAGUGUAUAAGAGUAAGGAAAAUGUAAUGUAUAUGCUAAUCAGGUUUCCUUUUUUAAGGACCCAUAAGGUAAUAUUUUAUUACCUUUUUUUGUGUUACAUUAGUAUGUAUUACAGAAAAAAAUAUCUGCAGGGCUGAGCUAUUUUUAUCCUACAGAAGUCCUUAUAUCUGUUAUCAGUCUAGUAUCCCAUUUCUGUUUCUAACCUUUUCUCUUAAGGACUUCUUUACACAGACUUGGCAUUGUUGCACAAAUUAUACCAAUAGCCUAAGCCUGCUGCCCUUAGGGCUGCCAUAGUGGCUGAUUCUACAGCCCCAUAAUAUAUGUCUUUCAAUUUCAGUACCACCCUCUCUAGAAAAUGACUUCUUCUACCUUCUGAACCAAACACUUGUCUCUGAUUUCUAAGAGUAUUCAUAGUGCACUACAUAGCUUUUCUCCUGUGGAACAGAGCUAUGCCUAUAUUGAUGACUUUAAAGUAUAAAAAUUAAAAUUUAGAUGCAUUUAUGUUAGACCUGAGUCAGGACUUGUGCACAUAUUUUGUUUGUUCAGCUAGCUGGCAUGUCCCAUAUGCACACGCAUUAAAUAUCCUAUGUAUAUUUAUAUAACUAUACUAAAGUUUCAGAAACAAGCGUUUUAAGACAUUUGUAUGUGUAGUCAUAUAAAUGUGUGUGCGUGUGUGUGUGUGUGUGUGUGUGUGUGUGUGUGUGUGUGUGUGUGUGUGUGCGCACGCACGGUACCAUGUUUGUCUAAAAAUAUGACACACUUUAAAAUGACAUAUUCAAUCUCAGAAUAACUAAUUUUAUUCUCAGAGCAUGUUUUUCUAAGUCAUGAUUUCCAUCAUAGUAUCAUGUCAGUAAUGAAUUAAAAGGAACUUAAUAAAAAUCCAGAAAACUGUAUACAAAGCAAAUGUAAACCUAUCAGUAGUUUGACUCAGAAGUUAUUCUUUAAUAUAUGUACUAAGGCUUAUGAUAAUUGGCAGCAGUAUAUCCCCUCAGUGCAGCCUGACUUUGAAAACCUACUUGUAGCUUUAUUGACUCUGAAGUCUUAAAUUAGAACUAUAGUCGAAAUGUCACUGCACUCGUGUACAUCACAAUAUGUUCUGUAUACAUGCAGGCAUAGAAUCUUUGACGAUACUGGCAGAAGGUUAAGCAAUAAAUAGAUCGAUAGAUAGUGACAGAGCAGGAUAUUCAACAGGGGUCUAAGCAGCAGAGAACAGACAGAUAUAAAUAUUGAAAUGUAGAUGUUUAAAGGGAUAAACAGAUAAUGACCCAUUGAGUGAUUUAUCUAUAAUCCCUCAUAACUGUAGGGCAACAUUCCAUUUAAUUAUUUUUCCUUCCCCUUCUAUUAUUGCAAUCACAUUCUAUGCAAGGCUUUCUCAUUUGUGCACUACAUAAGCUUUACUUUCUGUGACUUAAAAAAAUGCCUCAUUUUCUGCUCCUGACUAACAUAUAUGUCUACCAAAGACUUUGCUAAGGAGUGCAUAUAGACCAAGUUCCUAGCAAUGUCAUUACUGGUCUGCCAGCACAGCAUUUAAAAUCCCUUGACUUCUUUUAAUGAUUUUCAGAGAAACAAGGCAAUAAAUAGCUGUAUUUUAUGCCUGUAUGUGUGUCUCCUAUUAAUGAAGGGGGGGGGGGGGGCUUAUUCUUCCUUGGCCUCUGACUCCUUGAAUCAGCCCUAAACUAGUGACCUGCCUUUAACAAGGGAUGUUGCUACUUUAAUACACAGAUGACCCCAAUACAGCUAGUAUUUCACUUCCUUUUAACAUGUGUAAUACUAUUUGUCUGCUGUUAUGUAAAAACUGACAUACUGUUUCCCUUUGUUUUGAAACUGUACAUUUAUAAACUGAAAUUGUGUGUAGUGCAUGCUGCCUGAUUUAUCAGGCAAAGGCAUGCUAAAUGUUCCUCGGCAGUUUUCUCACAUUCUGAUUUAAACUAGCAACUCCAUGCCCUCAUUGAGAAGUGACUAGACAAACAAGCAAACAAAAACUCAAAAACUGUAAGCAUGUGCUUAUUCAAACAAGCAAACAAACAAACAAAACAAACAAAAAACUGGCAAAGAAAUGCAUUCAUCACACUUGAAUGAAUAUUUGAAUGAAUGAAGGCCAUGUUGCUUAAACCGACUGAGACGUCACUUCUCUCAGCUGCAGCAUGCAUAUUGGGAAAGCGUAUGCAGAAGCAAUGUCAUCUCCUCUACAGCUGUAAGGGAGCAUAAUGAAAACUUACAAACAAACCCAUCUGGUUGUCAUUUCCAGUUAUAAUAUAUUCCCUUUCCCAUGAAAUGCAGAAAGGCAGAGAAUCAUUUCAUCUAAACUGGUUUGGCACCCUUCAUCAUUUUUUUAUGCAUAAUUACAUUGUAUAAUUAAAGGAGAAGACCAGAAAUAAACCAUGUAUCUACGUUUGUGUUAAAGAAAACAGUAUACCUUGAGUAAAUGAACAGGGUACAUGGACAAGUAAGCAACAACCUACUUUGUUAUUUUAAUUCUAGAAGGUGUCAUUUAAUAAGAAAGAAAAUGACAAUUAACUGGAUUAAUAAACUACUAAUCAACAGAAAGGCAUUUUUGUAAUUCUUCUAAUCAUUAAAGAAGUAUAAAAUCUAUGUAAUUAAUACAAGGAUAUUGGUGUCUUAUUGUAAAUAUUAUAACAAAAAUGUAGACUACAGCUGUUUCUUUUGCAUCAAUACCACUUAGUUACAUUUAUUUUUCAUUUUCCAGUAAAAAUUAUAACUUUUGUAUCAUGGAAGGAACAAAAGCAGAAUGCUGUCUUCAAGAAAAGAUUAAGAAUGUAUAUUCAUUAAAAUGAAAUAAAAAAAUAUUUUUCUUCUCUA